AUGGCGCCUAGGAUUGAUUUGAAGACUAUAACGGAUUUGUCUGUUCUCUUUGGGACGGCUAUUUCGGUGUAUUACUUGGUGAACCGGUUACUGGCAGAAGCUGAGGGAGGUCCAUUAUCAGGGAACUCGAAGGAUUCAAAGGAGAGACAAUCAUUAGUGUGGCAGAGACUAUGUGCUAUGAAUCCUGAGUUGGAGGAAGUGAGUUUGAAUGGAUAUGAGCGCAGCGUUUUGGCAUCUGUUAUCACCCCGCAUGACAUUGAUGUUUCAUUUGAGGACAUCGGUGGUCUUGAAGAUGUCAUUGAAGAGCUUACGGAGAGCGUGAUUUACCCACUUACAAGCCCUGAAAUCUUUCAAGAGAGCUCGCUCUUGGAAGCACCUAAGGGUGUGCUAUUGUACGGGCCACCUGGGUGUGGUAAGACUAUGAUAGCCAAGGCAUUAGCCAGGGAGAGCGGUGCUAAUUUUAUCUCUAUCAGAAUGUCAUCUAUCAUGGAUAAAUGGUACGGUGAGUCCAAUAAGAUUGUUGAUGCAAUGUUUUCUUUGGCCAACAAAAUCCAACCAUGUAUUAUUUUCAUCGAUGAGAUUGACUCGUUCUUGAGGCAACGUGCCUCCUCCGAUCAUGAAGUAACGGCAAUGUUGAAGGCAGAAUUUAUGACUCUAUGGGACGGUCUCACGUCAAACGGGAAGGUAAUGGUGUUAGGUGCCACAAACAGAAUUAACGAUAUCGAUUCAGCUUUCUUGAGAAGACUACCUAAGAGAUUCCCAGUUUCUCUACCAAAUGCCGAUCAGAGAUACAAAAUAUUGAGCAAGUUCUUAAGGGACACCAAAGUAGACCCUAGAGACUUUGAUUUGGAUUACAUCGUUCAAUGCACUGCCCAAAUGUCAGGUUCUGAUUUAAGGGAACUUUGCAGGGACGCCGCUCUUACCGCUGCAAGAGAUUAUAUCAAGGAGAAAAGAAAAAUCACGGAAAGUGGUAAGGUAGAUGAUCUAAAUAACCUCAAAAUGAGACCAUUGACCAACGACGAUUUCCUGAAAAAUCUCAAAGUAGAUGUCGGUGUAGCUUUCUCUAGAGCAGCAUUGGAUUGA